UUCUUCGGGAACAGGGAUGCCGAGUUCACUUCGAAGAAAGUGCGCGAUAUGUUUACUGAUUUUUUUAAAGACAAAUACGGACAUAACGUUGUCCCAUCCUCACCUGUGAAGCCAAGGGGAGACCCCCACUUUGCUUUGUUGUUAAUGCGGGGCAUGAACCAGUUCAAGCCUGUUUUCUUGGGAACUGUUGACCCUAGGAGUGAAAUGGCCCAUUACAGACGAGUAGUCUUAGGUCAAAAGUGUGUCCGAGCAGGAGGGAAACACAAUGACCUGGAAGAUGUUGGGAAAGAUGUCUACCAUCAUACAUUCUUUGAAAUGCUUGGAAACUGGUCCUUUGGAGAUUACUUUAAGGAGAAAUCCUGUCUGAUGGCUUGGGAGUUGCUGACCAGUGUCUAUGGAAUCCCAAAGGAUCGUCUUUAUAUAACAUACUUUGGUGGGGACUCUGUGUUAGGACUAAAGGUCGGAUGACGAAACGCUCGGGAAAUUUGGCUUCAGGUGAAGUCAGACCAUAUUCUUCUUGGAUCAAAAGAUAAUUUCUGGGAAAUGGGGGAGGUCAGGUCCUUGUGGCCAUGCACUGAAAUCCACUAUGACCAUAUGGAAGUCGGAAUGCUGGAAUGUUUUGUAAACAGAGACAAUCCGGAUGUAGUAGAAGAUCUGGACAUAGUCUUCAUGCAGUAUAAAAGAGAACUGGAUGGAAGUUUACGUGUUCUACCUCGGCACAAUGUUGAUACUGGAAUGGGUUUGGAACGACUGGUGACAAUUCUACAGGGGAAGCGCUCUAAUUAUGAUACAGACCUCUUCACUCCCAUUCUAAGUGCAAUUCAUGAGUUUAGUAAGGUCCAACCUUACAGAGGACUGGUUGGAGGAGCUGAUUUGGAAAACGUGGAUAUGGCUUAUCGAGCUGCUGAUCAUGUUCGUACUCUAGCAGUUUGUAUUGCAGAUGGAAUCUAUCCAGGAAUGUCUGGCGCAGAAUUGGUUCUGCGCCGGAUUCUUCGUAGAGCUGUACGCUUUUCAAUGGAGGUACUUAAAGCUCCUCAGGGAACACUUGCUGCAUUGAUUCCAACUGUGGCAGAAGUAUUGGGAGAUGCUUAUCCAGAAUUGACUCAGGAAACCAGUAGGAUUAUGGAUCUUAUCAAUGAUAAUGGAGCAUUUGUAUCAUCUCUCCACCAAGGUCGGCGUAUUAUAGAUAGAACACUACAAAGGAUGGACAAGUCUUGUAAAUUUCCAGCUGAUGUGGCCUGGUCCUUGCACAGGAAUCUUGGCUUUCCUCUUGAUCUAAUUGGAUUAAUGUUAUCAGAAAAAUCCAUUGCUUUAGAUACUGAUGCACUGGAAAAACUGUCUUCAGAAAGUGCCAAGCAAAAUGCACAGUCUCAUCUGUCAGAGACAGAAACUUGUUAUCAGCUAGAUCUACAUACUCUGGCCGAGUUGAAAAGAAGAGGUGUUCCAGCUACUGAUGAUUCUCCAAAAUACCAGUACAGUCUUGAAGGAGCAGAUAAAUAUGUGUUCCACUCCUGCCAAGGCCAAGUACUAGGUUUGUAUGCAGAGAACUCUUUAGUGGAAAAAGUGAGUGAGGGUCAAAGAUGUGGCAUAAUUUUGGAUCGAACCUGUUUCUAUGCAGAACAGGGAGGACAAACACAUGACCGAGGCUAUUUUCUUCGAGGAGAGCAGCAGGAUGUCUUAUUUCCAGUCGAAAAUGUCCAGAGUUGUGGUGGGUAUGUGGUUCAUGAAGUAAUAGUUCCAGAGACUUUAUGCCUAGGUGACAGUGUUCAUCUUUUUCUGGAUGAGCCUCGGCGUUUAGGCUGUAUGGUGAACCACACAUCAACUCACGUACUGAAUUUUGCUCUGCGCCGCGUUCUGGGAGAUGACGUUGAGCAGAGGGGCUCCCAUGUCACAGAAGAGCAUCUGCGCUUUGACUUCAGCACCAAGGCCGUACUGACUAUUGAAGAGUUGCAAAAAAUAGAGCAAGAGGUGGAAGCCCUUCUUCUACAAAAUGACCCUGUAUAUACUCUGGAAGUACCCUUGUCAAGAGCAAAAACAAUACAGAGACUGAGAACUGUGGAUGAGGUUUAUCCUGAUCCAGUACAGGUGGUGUCAAUUGGAAUUCCAGUUGAAAAUUUGUUAAGCUCCAUGGCUGAAAAUCCAUCUUCUGUCGAACUUUGUUGUGGAACCCAUUUACUGCGGACUGGUGUCAUUAAAGAUUUUGUAAUUGUUUCUGACCGUCAGCUUGUGAAAGGAAUAAAUAGGAUUGUUGCAGUGACUGGCGACCAAGCCAAAGAGGCUCGUGAAACCGGUCACAAACUUGCACAAGAUGUAGACUCCUUGCUGUUCCGACUGCAGUCCGGGAUUGCAACACUUGUGGAUGCCCAGCAACUGUCAAAAGAAGUGGGCCUUCUGACAGAUGUGUUGGAGAACACUGCUAUACCUCAGUGGCAGAAAAGAGAGCUACAGAAAAAACUGAAAGCAUUGCAGCGAACAACAAAUACAGCUGUCAGAAAACAAGAGAACAAAGAGGCUACAAAAAAAGUACAAGAAUUGCUGACAAGACAUGCCAGUGACUCGCUGGUUGUGGAUUCAGUGACCGUGGAUUCUAUCUCUAUAUUGAUGAAAAUGGUAAAUAUACUGUGUGACCACUUCCCAGAUGCCUUUGUUAUGCUUCUAAGCCUGCAGGAUUCAGGCAGUAUUUUGUGUGCCUGUCAAGUACCAAAGAAUGCAGCUAGCACCCUUUCUGCGGCUGACUGGGCUUUGGCGGUCUGCAGGACAAUGAAUGGCAGCGCUGGAGGUUCGGAGAUUGUUGCAAAAGGAACGGCUUAUAGUAAGAAUCUGGAAGCGGUGCAGAAAUGGGCACUAGAAUAUGCCAACACCAAACUGCAAAACUGAAUAUAAAUCCAAUGAUUUCUUUAUAGCUGGGUGAAAGACUUACUUGAAAAUGUAUACAGUAUAUAACUGGCGGGAUCCAGUUCCUUUUUUAAGUUGUAUUCAUGAUAUAAAAAAUAAUAAAAGGCAGUUUAUUUUAGAG